AUGGAGAUGUGGCGUGUCAUUUUGGUGCUUGCUUUUUCAUCAGCGCUACUGCAUGCAACUAGUGCACGCAAGGUGCCUGGUGAUGAUGGUCAUGGAAGCACAACUGAUCAGCAUACAAUGAUUGUGCAUGCAAGUGCACCAGUGGCAGAGUUACCUACUGGUCUUCGUGACAAGAAGUGCAUCUUUGGCGGCGUUGGUGGGUUGGCAGGAAUGGGAGGUUUUGCUGGAGCUGGCGGGGUGAUGCCGGUUCUCGGUGGAAUUGGUGGAGGGAUUGGGAAAGUUGGUGGAAUAGGAGUAGGAGGUAUUGGUGCUGGUGCUGGUGGUCUCAGUGGAGUUGGUGGAUUAGGUGGUGCUGGUGGCUCUGGUGGUCUAGGUGGUGCUGGCGGUGGCGUUGGUGGUGGAGCUUGGCCUUCUCUGACAGCCCUCCACUGCCUCCUAAUAUACCAACUCCUACGCUGUCUCCUUCCAUUGCCAGCGGUGGAGGACAGGGUGGUGGUGGUGGGAGCUGUGCCGGUUGAGGAAGUGAAGGCUCAGGUUAUGGUUAUGGCAGUGGGUAUGGCCAUGGAACCAAUGGUGGUGAAGGAGGUGCUGGCGGAGGUGGUGGAGCUGGUAGAGCCGGUGGUACUGGCUCUGGCUUUGGAGGUGGAGCUGGUUUUGGUGGUGGCAGUCCUAGGAAAUUAG